AUGAACAAGAAAACACACGCCUGCUUCUUUCUCACAGUAUUUCUACUUGAGUCAACAGUGGCAAGAAGCAUCAUUGGAAUCGAGGGUCCAAAACCUCGAAAUCAGGUCAAAUAUUUUGGCGAAGAAAUUAUCCUUUCUUGCACCAGCUAUUUCGACGACAAAUUCACCAAAUGGCCUCCAAAAAUAACCUGGCUUCGCAAAUUCUCCUCUGAUGAGUCUCAGCUCAAGUUCAAGAGGUGGGAGCAUUCUCAAAUCGAAGAAGAGUGGUUCAUUAUUCCUCUCAAUCAAAGUAGAAUCGACAAUCCUCAUUCACCUAAAGAGAGGAUCAUCCAUUUCGACCGCUUCAAAUACAUUUCUAAGAUCAUUUUUCCGCUUUCAACGCAGGUCGAAGAUGGCAGCUACGCGUGCGUCAUCGACGAUUCCGAAAUCUUGGCCACCGCGACGGUUUCGGUUAUUUCUCCGCGCAAAGACUCUUCUCUGACUUCUACUGCUCCUGACGAAGGCCGAAUGCUCGGUCCGUACAUUAUUCUAGCGCUAUCUCUUGUCGUCCUCAUAUCCGCCAUUUUCCUCAAAUUUCGACUGAAAUAA